AUGGAUCAUCGAAUACGAUUCCUCUUCAUCUUACUGCAAAUUGUAGCCUUUUCAUCGACUGAUAAAGGUAUGAGAUAAGAAAUGUCAUUAAACCGUUAUCUUAUUUCUCCUCGUAUCCAAAAGUGCCCGUUUGAGUAAUAGCGACAACUUAACGUAAUAAAAGUUUCAUUAGAUCAAAUUGAACAAGAAUCAUAAGUUAACUGAUUUACAGACAAAAAGGCCUUCUUUUGAUUACAGUCAAUGCAUUUGACACUUUGGCUGUGUAAUUCAGAAGUUAGGCAAAUGUUAAGAUUAUGAGCAAUUUGACCCUCAGAAAAGUGCAUUCAACUGCAGGUUUUCAUACAUUUUCUUUGUCUAUUUUUUUUUUGGUACAUGCACUCUGGGUCGAACAUAAAAUUUCUACUGUCUCAGUCCUAAAAUCAAAGGCAAAGACCAACCAGAAUAAAAGAAAACGGCACCAUGAGUAUUCUUUUUGUGGUAAUCAUUCCUUUUCAUCGUUUUUAUGCUACUGAGAUUGCUGAAGAAGAGAAGAAGCUUGAAGAGUUGGUGUCUUGUUUAAUAAAGCAGCUCCUAGAUGAAUCAUGCUAUGUGCGAGCUAAUUAGGAACGAAACACCAACCAUACUUUGUAAAGAGAAAAUUGCUGUUGACCUGAGUAAACACCAGCAGGCUGCCUUCAACCUUCCUUUAUUACCACCUUGAGUAUUAAGUAUCUCCGUUAAUGAUUAGCUUCGUCGCAUGUCUUACUUUUAAACACAAUAUUUUCUUUACAGUUGUUUUACAAAAGAGGCCGAAGAUAGGUAAAAAGUGGAACGAUUGGAAUCCACAAUCGGUUGGACCUCUUAAGGUAUGGUUUUAUUUAUCGAGUAAUGUUAAAACGUUUACCAGUGUUUCAUUGAUCAUGCAUAUUUUUGAUACUCCAGCGGUUGCCUUUGUUAAGCACACUGCUAAGCUCUUACUAGCUGGAAAACCCGGGGACUGAAAUACUGUUAUUUUAUAAUUGUUUCUGAAUAGUGGACACAGACAUAUGAUCCUGAUGGUAAUCCACGCUACUCGAUUUGCAAGGUCAGUGGACAACAACCAAAUGCUUGGUUUUCCAGCAAUCGUAUCACAGUCCCGAAUUCAGUUAAAAUGGUUGAUGUUACCUUUCAAUACAAUACAAGGAACUGUUCAGGCAUAGGUGGAGGUGAUUUCUGUAGAGAAUACUUUGACUUUUACGUGCAUCAGUCCAGAGGUUCGACGGUACCUGAUCCAUCCAAGAACAAUAUCACUUAUGAAAAGAUUGCUGAAAUAAUUGCGCCGACCCUUGGUUUUCGGAAGUUAACAAAAAAUUUUGGAGUCGAAAUAAAAGGAAAUUACAUGGUUCUGGCCUUUCAUAACCAGGGUUCGUGUAGCACCAUUCACUCUGUCACAGUCAGUUAUUACUUCUGCCCAAAAUUUGCUGUUGUUAGUGGUUUGAUGUCCUUACCACAGUCUAUGGCUCCAGCAAACAGCCCUGAGCCAGUUCAAGGCAUUUGUGUUACAAAUGCCGACUUCGAGCAAGGUAUUCCAAGUGUGGACUGCCAAAGCAAUGGCGUUUGGAACAUCAGUUCACUUGAAGGAAGAUGUAUAUGCAAGGAAGACUUGGAGAAUAGUGGAGGAGAAUGCAAAGGUACGUCACCUAACUGGUUAGAUUAAGAUAGAAAGAGUUGGUAAAUAAAUUCCAGUUGGACCAGGUUAAGCAUACCAGCACAUCAUAUAAUCAUUCUUCUAAGGAAUUGAUGAUUAUUUGAAACAUGCUUGCUAUGGUCGUUGCUGUAAUUAAAUCCAAAUCCUUAACGCGUACUUACUUUAAAAGUAAAAGACUCCACUUGAUGUUUUUACUGAAAGUUAAUUUCAUAAUUUCUAUGAAAAAGUAACAUCAUAUUCUUAUCUUGAGGAUAUUUUUGACCAUGAUAUUCUUCUGAUUCUCACUACGUAGAGUAGUUUCGAUUAGUUGACUUUUUCUGGCCAAACAAAAGGAGAGUCGUACUUUAUUUAACGGCCGAGUACGAAAUACACACGUAUUUAUCAAACAUUUAAGAUGAUGCGCGCGUCUCACUGGCUGAUAGGUGCGUUUGGAUGAGAGAAUAAUUAUCGACACAAUUCUGACCUCUUUGAUACGUAUGAGUUCUGGGAAUAUUUUAUAACAGCAACAAAGGACUCUUUUCUUGUUACAAACCUUCGUAUAAACAUAAGCGGUAGGGAGAAUUCGCGGAAGAUGUGCACACCCGUGACACGAUCGAGGAUCUUGGAAAGAAAAGUAGAUAUGCGGAGACAAGGUCUAACUAGUAUUGAUGUUAAUCUACUAACAUUCUAUCACAGCUGCAUGAUCUACCGCGCUACUCGCUACCUAUUCCGUGGCAGAUAGCGAACAACGAGCGUAUGUUUAUUUAAGGAAAAAGAUUAUAUUAUUUAUUCUCGUUAUAUAAGUGUGAAAGUUGACUCGGGUUUUUCUCUCUCAUCACACGAUAGAUUUCUCUAGCUCGUAAUCUAGUUAAGUUUUCUGGUCGAAAAAAGACCUCCCAAAAGAAAGUGAUCACGUAUUCAUAGAGUAACUGGCCAAUGACAGCGGUACUGCAAAAAAAGAAAAAUGAAUAGUGUAAGACAAACAAAAAUAACUUACGUUUUCCGGGAACUGUAAAUAGCCUUUAAGCAGAAAAAGUACAAUCGAGUUCAAAUCUUACCUUCAAAAUUUCCUAUAUUUUUGGGUAUCAUGUCACCUUAAUUUUCAUUUUUCCUGAUCUUUUCUAUCGAGAACCUUGUAAUAUUUCAAGGUUGCGUUAUCAGCAAUUGUUGUACACCGCAGAAUCUCGCCGAAUUACGUUCAGAUCCUUAACAAACCGUAAAUAGAGUUUUUCAUAACCGAACACUGGGACUUACUUUCAAACGAAAUUGAAAAAGAUUCUUAAAUUGGCAAAGUUUUAAAGUCAAAUUGUUACAUGUUCCGUUCGUAAUCUCUCAAGUAAUUAGUUUAGUCAUCUAUUGACCAAUUGGUCAUUUGUAUUUGCUUCGUUAGAUUGUGUCAAGGGAAAAUACAACGACGAGAGUGGCCUUAAUUGCACAGGUACGAGAGAAAAUGCUACAAAAAUUCUUCUCUGUUAGAUGAUGUAGAAUUACAAUUUAAGAGUCUAAUGGUACUCAUUUAAUUAUCCCAGACCGGAAAAAAUUUAGAAAUAUGUCCUGUUUCAAUUUGAUAACAAAUUUGAAAGUCAGCACAUUACUGUGGCUAUCGAUACCUCGAUUCUCGAUAUGGCUUAAUAGACUCAAUCACGCACUCUACAUCUGGCCUUUCACGUGAAUUCCUCGGCAAUCUCAAUUCCCCCUUUUUAAGCGAUUGAAACACGAAUAUCACUCAAAAUAAAAAAUGUUUCUACAGUGGGGACAAAUAAGUCAUAAACGAAAAACGGCUCAGACGUAUGCUAUGGGAGAAGUAGGUAGAUACAAUACGAGACUCGGUGUUAAAAUGAAAGCAACUCGAUCCUAAGCAUUGAUGGGCACAAUUGAGUCAAUCGGAGUCAAGUUUAAUUUCCGGAAAAAAAAGGUCGUUAAAUUUGUCCAAGUAGUUCUGGUCACAUAUGAAAGAGAGAGACUCAUUUUUUUCCAACUAUCCCAAACUAAGGAUGUGUUUAUCUUUUUUUUCACAUAGUUUUACCAUCAGCCCCAAGGAAUGCCCACACGACCUUCGUUAACCAAAGCGCACUAGGGUUACAAUGGCAGCCCCCUCAGGUAACUGGUGAUCAGACUCAAGUAUGGUACGACGUCUACUGCCGUAAGCCAUGCGACAUUGAUGACGACAGCAAUUGUGUGGAUAAAGCUUGCGGGAAUGACGUCGUUUACGAACCAUCUCAGGUGAAGCUGAGCAUAGCUCAAGUCAUUGUCGGUAACCUUUCUUCCUUUAUAAACUACACUAUCAAAAUCUACGCCAGGAAUAGAGUGAGUGAGGUUGCUGAAAGUAAACAUGGAGAUGAUGGAAAAUUCGAGACAAUCACCGUAAGGACGAAUGGAUCGGGUGAGUAAGUUUCUUUACAAAGUAUCAGUCGAAAGAAAGCCCAAUCAAUCUGACUGAAACUGAGUUCACCUAGGUUUAUAUAUCUUGACGUAACAAUGUUUUUAUGUUGUGAAUAGUUGUUUCCAAGAGAACAAACAGUGCCGUUAACUGUAUUUCAACAUCUUUCAAAUGUUUUAUUGUUAUUCUAAUUGUGUUUGUUCCAGAAUUCCAAGAAAUAUCUACAAUUGACUGUAUUCGAUAUGAUUUCGUUUAAUUCGAUAACGUAGUCCUUGCACUACUUGUUGAGAGGUAGAAGAGAGGUACGCUCUAGUUCCCGUUACGUACGGUAGCAGCUGUAUGAAAAAUUGAACAUUUUCAUUCAUCUUUGAUUGACAAACUAGUCCCAGGUAUGCCAGAAGUGUCUGUUGAACAACCAGAUAAGGCUGUUGUUGUGUCUUGGAUACUGAAGAGAAAAAAUGGAGUUAUUAAGGAGUACCACGUGACGUACAUAAAUACAAAUGAUUCGUCAGAAACCAAGAGUCGUCAGACGAAAAGAACGGAAAUACAGUUUGAUUUAAAGGCGGGAAAAACUUAUAAAUUCGAGGUAGGUCUUCUUUUUGCCAUUUCACCAACCUAACCCGUCAAAAAAAGAAAAAGGUGGAGUUGAUCAAAGAAUUAGUACUAAUGAAAAAGGAAGUGGGUUUUAAGUAGCUUGGGAAAAUACCGUAGCCUGGUUUUUGAUGGCGGAAGCUAACCUGUUACGUUGUCCAGAUUCACAAAUAUCUUCGAGUUUAUGGUGAGACGAAUAUUGUUAAGAAUUAUUUUUCAUUAUUGGAAAACGUAUUUUAGGAAUAAACGACAUGGCUUGAUUAAAAAAUUGGUCUGAAUAAUGCCAUGCACGAUCGACUCGUUGAGUGGUCUAAAUUCAGCAACAAAGAUCACCCCGCUUUUUCUUGUAAAUUAGGUAUAUGUCGUCUGGAAAAUUGUUUAAAGAAAUCUUUAAAUAAAUCAUUCAUUUGACUCUUUCCUUCUCAGGUAUUUGCCGUAAACGACAACGGUAAGGGACAGGCUGGCGUGAAGAUCUUUACAUUGAGAAACGGUCGGUAAAUUACUGUUUAAUCGAAUUAAUAAUACCUACUUAUCUCACUUAUCUUACCCUCUCAGUUAGACCCUACCAGCCUUGAUAUCUUUCCUCCAGGCAUUAUUGUGACUUCAGCGCAAAAUGAAAUCAGCCAAAAGGAAAACGCUGCAUUUCCAAAUUUGUUUACCGUGCAUUGCGGCAAAAUGACACCAACAUAGCUGCAACUAAGGCUGAAGAAAUUAUAACUGGAAUUCAGGAGAACUUGACAGAAAGAUAAAUUGAAAGAGGAAGUAAAGCCGGAAUUAGAAAAAUGAUUAGUUAUAAAGUGACUCUAAUUGGAGGUAUUUGCUUGUGAAAGUUCUCUCGUAUCUUCUGCACCGAUAAUUUUACCGAGUAAUUGAGAGAUUAAUCGAUUGAUUUUUUGAUUGAAUGGCCACAGAUAACUCGAAGAAAUUGCGGCUAAUUGCUUACGCAGCCGGAGGAGCAGGAGCACUGCUACUUAUCAUACUGAUAGUGGUCAUUGUUGCCUGCGUUGUGUCUCGUAGAAGGUGAGUCUUUCCAAAAUGAGGUGUUUUGAAAAUUACCUUGAGAUCUGGUCUUCCAUUCGGUGAAACGGGAGCUAUCAUCCCCCUUUCUAUCCUAAGUAUGAUACAAUAUAUUUAUCUGUGUUUAACUAGGAGAAGUAAAAAGAGUGUAGAGAAAGCCUAUAUGGAAGCCCUUCAACUAGGUAAGACUUUUCGGUAAUAGUAUAAAUCUACUGGCGUUCUAUCACAAAUGCUGCAUUCUGAUUGGCUACAUUAGUUAUUACUUGUUACUCGAUAGACAGUUAUUAAAGUGAAAACCCCAACAGAGUGUGGCUGUAAAUACAAUGAAAUAAAAGCAUGAGCCUUUCCUUUGGAUCAGAAUUGAACGACUAGCAAAUUUACGAAAAAACAAACAUUCGCUGUGCGUGAGACUGGGUUCUGACUCAGCCCUCGUCAACUAUGACACAAUGGGAAUCUCGGGCUUAUUAUCUUGUUAAAUGUUUCUAUUUUCUUUGGAGAAUUAUCGUUUUAAUAUUUUCACACUAGUGAUUUAAAUAAUGUCUGCAUUUUCUCGUGAUAUGAUUUUGACUCGACCAAUUAGCCUUUGUGCAUCUUUCUAACCACCUGAGCAAUUACAAAUUUCAGUUACGUUUGAUAUUUCAUGAUUUUCCGUUCUCUUCUCUUUCGCUACGUACUACUACUCUAGCGAAGUCACUUAUACAAAUGGAAUUGUGCAGUUAUGAUUUAAUCUAGGGCAAUGUGCAGUGACAGCAAACCAAUGACAAUUUUGAGCACUGUUUGUCAUUUAUGCACAGAAACGGCGCUUCUUCCUUGGUGAAAUACCAUAAUUAAUAUGUUUAAAGGCGUGACGUAAGUUCAUAUUUCUUGAAACUUUCCACCAUUAGGAAGUGAACUUCAAACUACAAAUCCCCGAGACCAGAGAAGUUAUAUCGAUCCAAACGACUACAAUGACGUGCAAGAACUUUUGACAUCAUUUACGACUGAACUUAAAAGAAGCGACAUUAAACUCGAAGGAGUUAUCGGACAAGGUAGAUGUUUUACUUUUUGUGUAUAUAAAUCCUUAUGAGGUUAUGUGUGUUCAUCGUUGCAAUUGGAAAAUAUAUAUUAUACAUAUAUAUAUAUUAUAUAUAUAUAGUUCAAAUUUCCCACAAUUAUAUACAUAUAUAAAUAUAUAUAUAUAUUGUGCGAGAAAAAAGACAAAUAAACUACAAGUUCAUCCCUACAGGCCUGUUUCGUGGUUUCCCCCUCAUCAGGGAAAAUCCCCUGAUGAGUGGGCAACCACGAAACAGGCCUGUAGGGAUGAACUUGUAGUUUAUUUGUCUUUUUCCUUUUUUCCUCCCAAAAUAUAUACAUCGCUCUACUCCUAUGUAUUGAGCACUGUUUUACGAAAGUCAAAAUUUUACACUUUAUAUAUAUUUAUAUAUGUAUAUAUAUCUUUUGUUUUCUCAUCAAAAAGGUGAUGAACGGUGCAUGUAUGUUGCACAUCAAAGGAACAAUAUCUCUUUUGUAAUCGUGUGAGAGUCGCUGUACAUACUAACAUUGUCUUACACCAGCCUUUGCGCGGUGCCAUCGACAAUAGUAAUCAAUGACAUCAAUAAUAACAUUUUUGUACGUACCUUUGUUUCGGGAGUCAUUCAUCACCUGAACUACUAUUCCCCAAAUCUGUUGAGCCACGUCGAAAGAAAAUGUGUAGCUUGUAAACUCAAAGCUGCAACCUCAUGGCUUCAUAAAAGCAUUUUAACUGUGGAAUAUCAGAAGAUGUCCAUUCCAGUAAGGUCACAAAACAAGAACAAAGCUAAAUAAUAAAGCAAUUCCUCGUGAUUUCGUCGAGGCAACGUGGAAUCACAAAAUGAAUGUAUUUUGUGGA